GAGUCAGACCUCGCUCCUUUCUCUCUCUGCAGCACCCUAAUAUCUUAUUCCCCCUUUUAUCCCUUCGUCUUGACAACAGCGGGGGUUAUCGAUCAUCAAACAACAUCUCGCUCCAAGCCCUCUCCCUCUCCGGUGUUAACGAGGCAACGGUUGCUAGGCCUAUCACAUCAUCAUCAUCUACAUCGUCAUGCGGCUCUAUCAGUGCUCUGUAAUCGCCGCUUUGUCGUCGGUCGCGCUGGCAAGUUUCAGUUGCGAGGCAGUCGUAGAUGGAAUCAAGUGGAGUCUGAAGGAGCUUCAAGGCCCGUAUUCUGUGACCACAGGAGAGGAGUCGUUUCCUACCGUAACGAAUACUACCUGGACGAUCAAUCCGUGCGGGCCUAUACAGAAGAAUAAGGUGGAUCAUCCGAAGGCACAGUGUCCACAUGGUACGCAAGUUUGUGGUAUCGAGCGCGUGACGGACGACGGAGGGACUACAAGCAUUCACAAAAUUAUUCCGAUCGCGGGAGAUAUUGAUGGUCGGCGUGUAGAUGAAAAGGUUACACGGUUGAAGACUUCAGAAUCGCAUGCGGAUUCGGGGAAAGAAGGGCUGAGGGUUGUGCUUAAUGGUGGACUAUACGAGAAGAAGCCUCAACAAGCGGUAGUUGAGUUCAUCUGUGAUCCGGAGAAGACGGAUGGCGAUAAGGGAUCGGAGAAGAAGGAUCCAAAAGAGGGUGAAAGUGCGGAGGAGCAGAGUUUGAAAUUCAUCAACUACGAUACCACCAAUGCCGAAAGGAACGUGCUGAGAUUGGAGUGGAGGACAAAGUAUGCCUGUGAAAGUCUUGAGAAGGAUCCAGACGCGGACCAAGGACACCACUGGGGAUUCUUUACCUGGUUUAUCAUCAUUUUGUUCCUAGGCGUUGCAGCAUAUUUGAUUUUCGGCUCCUGGCUAAACCACAACCGCUAUGGCGCAAGAGGCUGGGACCUCCUUCCUCACAGUGAUACCAUUCGGGAUCUACCAUAUCUACUAAAGGACUGGGCACGAAGGGUUUUAGGGACGUUGCAGGGUAGGGGCGGUGGGCGGGGUGGCUACAGUGCGGUUUGAAGGUGGCGUAUGGGGUCUGGUUUUCGGUGGAGUACUGUUAUGCGGUGCAAUGCCUCUUUUCUUUGUUGCUCUUUUUAUUUCUCGCUCCUUUUCUUGACUGCGUUUUGUGCGGGUUCCUACCAGCCACGAAAGUACUUACUGCAGUGAUUGUAGUUUUUCUUCUUCUUUUCGUCUUUCUCCCCUUUCCUCCUGUGCGUAGCUACUGAUUUUAUAUAUUUUUUCCCCAGUUUUUUUUUUUUUUGAUUGGCUCAGUUCUCGUAUUGGGGUUUAUUUCAGUGGUGGGAUAGAGGUUGAAUAUAUAUAUCUAUUUUGUAGUGGGCUUUAAUGCUAAGCUCAAAUCUAGCCUUCAAUACGAAUUUGGAGGCAUAUUUGUCGUUGAUCGUGGGUUUUGGGGGUACUGUACCGUAUGGUGGUCAUUAGUACCAAAUGCUGGUUGCGAUUAAAAGGUUGUUCUUGGCUUGA